AUGUCGAGAUAUUUCAUUAUUAGUCUACUAUUUAUUACUAAUAUUAAUUUUUCAAUUGGUUCUUAUAUUCGUAUAUGUAAUCAAGGUAUUUAUUUAGCUAAAUGUUAUCUUGAAUCACAAUCAUAUACUUAUGGACUUCAAAAUUAUAAAUAUGAUACAGGAUUAUUUCCAAUAUAUCAAUGUUCAAAAUUAGAUAUACCUUUUGAUGCUGUUUGGAAUUAUCUUGAAUGUAAAGCUCUUACAUUUAUUGCUAUUUAUAGUACAAUUUUUAUACAAGAAUUUUCUUCAACAAUAUUUAAUACUUGUUAUACAAUUACAGGAACUAUAUUAAAUCCAACAUGGUCAGAAAUAAGAUGUUAA